AUGAUGCCUAUGGGUCUUGGGAGGCACGGGUGCAGAGACUUGAGUCGUUUCUUGAGUCGCGAGUCGAUUGAUUUUGAGUCACUGGAGACUCAAGGCCUGAGCAUUUCCUUUCCAAUCAUUAAUUUUUUCCGGAUUAAUUUUUUCCGGCGCCAUCUCUUUCUGUCUUCUUCUCCAAUGAACGUGCUUGUUUAUUCGGGCCAAGGCACCACAAAAGAAUCUGUCAAGCAUACCAUCGACAGUCUAAGACUCCAUCUUUCUCCAUACUAUGCUGUGGUGCUGGUGUCGGAGUCUGCGCUUUUGAACGACCCGUGGCAGACGAAAACUGCCAUGCUUGUCAUUCCUGGAGGCGCCGAUUUGCCGUACUGUGAUGUUUUGAACGGCGAAGGCAACGCCCGUAUUUCUCAGUUUGUAAGACGGGGCGGCAAGUUCAUUGGUUUUUGUGCUGGCGGGUAUUUUGCCGCCAAACGAUGUGAAUUUGAAGUGGGCGAUCCGCAAAUGGAGGUCAGCGGCCCCCGCGAACUUGGCUUCUUCCCUGGAACUUGCCGUGGCUGUGUGUACAAGGGCUUUUCUUAUGGGUCUCACGAAGGAUCGCGAGCAGUGGCCAUGAAGACCACCUCGGCUUUGGUGGAUGUUCCUGACACAGUCGUCACAUACUACAAUGGAGGCGGAAUGUUUAUGGACGCUUCAAAGUAUCCUGGCGUCGAGGUUCUUGCGAGAUAUGUAGGGGAAACAGAUGUAUCCGAUUCGGGUGAUAUGGCUGCAGUCAUUUACACCAAGGUGGGAAAAGGGGACGUUUUGCUAUCUGGGACGCAUCCAGAGUUCUUACCCUCUUUGAUGAAACCAGAAAAGGACGAUUUGCACUUCCAGCACGUUGUUUCUGAGCUUGAAAAUGAGGAUGCUGGCAGACGGCAGUUUCUCAGAGCAUGUUUGAUCAAAUUGGGCCUUAAGGUGAACACUGACGCUGACGCAGGUGUCCCCCGUCUUACGCCCAUUUACUUGUCGUCCCAUUCCGACCCAAAGAGGGCUCAGGCCAUUUUGUCCGAUUUGAAAGAGAAUAUGGACUUUGUCGGCCAAAACACAUUCGAAGAUGUCCAUGACACCUUUGUCAUCCAUGAGGAAAACGAAGCAGACCACGAGCUUCUGAUUCAGGAGGGUGAAGUUCCGGAUUCCAUAGACGAACUCUGCGAAGCACCUAAACACGUCAAGAUUUUCACCUCGGAUCUUUUACCAAAAAACGAAGAAACACCGUAUUUCAAUAUGCGUGCUUAUUUCGAACACUUGCAAAGGCUUUAUAAUGCGAACAAUGUCCCAGAGAACGAAAGAAGUUUCGGCUCGGUUCUAGCAUACGGUGAAGUUGUCACUUCUACCAAUACUCUCCUUGAUGCCAAUCCUCGUUGGUUGCGUUAUUUGCCUCCGGGAACAACAUUCACAGCAACAACACAAAUUGCCGGAAGAGGAAGGGGCGGAAAUGUGUGGAUCAAUCCGAAAGGAGUGAUGGCCACUUCGAUUCUUUUCAAAGUGCCUAGUGGGCCACAACAAAGCUCCUCUAUAGUGACUUUGCAGUACCUCUGCUCUUUGGCGUUUAUUGAGCUGGUCUUAGGGUAUGGAUCUGACAUACAGGGCAAGGGAUGUGGCUACGAAGAUAUGCCACUUAAACUCAAAUGGCCAAACGACAUGUAUGCGUUGAAAACUGAGUUUUUUAACUCCUUGGCCGAUAAAGAUGAGACCAGCUCCACAGUGGAGGGUGAUGAUCAGAAGUGGGCCAAGAUCUCCGGCGCUUUAAUCAACUCGCAGUUUUUGAAUGGCCAAUUCUACCUUGUAUGGGGCGGUGGAAUCAAUGUUUCUAAUUCUGCGCCCACUACAUCGCUCAAUUUGGUUUUGGCAAAGCUCAACGAAAUCAGAGCGAAAAUGGGACGGCCACCGCUUCCUGCUUUUGAGCAUGAGGCUCUUUUGGCCAAACUUGUAUUUACUAUGGGUCAAUUCUACAGUGUUUUCGAACGUCUGGGCUUGAAACCAUUUUUGCCGCUUUAUUACAAGCGUUGGUUCCACCUGUCGCAGCGGGUUAAGGUUGAGGCAGGAGAUGGCCGAAGCAGGGACUGUAUUAUAAGGGGCAUCACUAGUGAUUACGGUCUCUUGCUUGCCGAGGACAUAAACACUCAUGAAACCUUGGAGUUGCAGCCAGACGGAAACUCCUUUGAUAUCUUCAAAGGUUUGGUGUAUAAGAAGCGGUGA